GUUGAGGCCUACUGGUGUCAACAACACAACCCACAUCGUAACUUGCAUUCCAACAGUUCUAUCGCUUCCAAUCUUCUCCUGUAUCGGUCGCCGUGUCCAGACCCGUAUAUUCUGACAUCCGCUGUCAAAAUCUCCGCCUCGAAUAUCCUACUACAUGUUUUCAUAGCACAGAAUGAACGCAGGCUCCGCCCCCACUGGUGGACCUGCAAGUCAGCCUCCAGGCAAUCCUGCUCUGGUGAGGCGCAAGAAGCCUCUGUCUGAUCCUUUCUUCAAAGGCCCGAAGAGGAACCCGGCCGUCAAACCUCAGUUGAAUGGCCAUCCUACCCCGCCCGUAAACGGACAUCUCCCUGUGAAGCCGCAGCCAUUUCAAGCUUCGACACCAAACAGUCAGCGAGCAGCCUCUCCUGCGAUAUCCGCGAUAUCCGAGAAUGAAAGAUAUAGCGGCUUCAGCGAUCCGCGAAUCACUGCCGAAGGCAUCCCUUACAAAGACUACAAGCUUGUCACCACAAAGAGAGACCUUUUGAAUGGACUAAGAUACCACAUCCUCCAACUAGCUGGAGAGAAAGCAGUCGAUAUCCGCAAUGAGUCCGAGUUCCCCAAGCCAGCUCGCCUGCACAGACGCGAUCCAAGAGCCCCUCCACCCGGACAACACCAGCACAAAGAAGAGGAGGGUCAAGUCGAUCCAAAGGAUGGUCUCAACGCGGCUGAACGAGAAGAGCUGACCCGGAGGAAAGAGAUUCGACAAAAGGAACGUGAGGCUAAUCUCGCCCAGAUCGCGCCAUCUCAGAACGCAGGCAGAAGGAUGAACGCGUUCAAGAAGAAGACGCAACAGGUUUUCAGGCCUGAAUUUUCUGCAGAAGAGAAACGCCGAAUUCAGACAAAUUAUGAGGAGAAACUACCAUGGCAUCUCGAAGACUUCGAUAACAAGCACUGCUUGAUCGGCCACCAUCAGAUUGGCUCGAUGGCUUCCAACGCGGCCUUUGUCUUUGAACCUGCGAUAGACGCGUCGACGGGGAGAUUCCGCCUGAUCCCAAUUGAGAAAGCCUACCAAUUCAAGCCGAAGCGUGAGCUCGCCCAGCAGAUGACCAUAGAAGAAGUCGAAGCUGCAAUGAAAAAGCGAGGCACCGAUCCUGAGUGGCUGAUCCGUCAAAGAGAAGCUCGAGUCGCCGAAGCGUCGAAAGAACUAGCCGCCAGACGUUCGAAAGGUGUCUUUACCGGCGCCCAGACACAAAGCAUAGCAGGCCGGAAUGGCGAAGAAGCUGAUCUCGACUUCGAAGACGACUUCGCGGAUGACGAGGAAGGUGAUCUGUUUGUCGAUAAGGACGAGGAUGAGAAACUCGCGGAGAAACGUAUCAAGGAGGACCAAUUGCAAGCAAAUUUCCUCGAUUUCAAAGAUCUCAAGGAGUACGACGAGGCCGAGGAGCGCGAGAAACGCGAAGCUGAAGCACGAAAACGUAACUUCAAAGAGCUCCGCAAAGCCCUAGAACGCAGAGAGCAUAACUACAAUCAUGGCACUGAUUCAGAGUAUGAGUCUUCGACGGACUCCGAAGAAGAACGAGAACGCCUUGAGCGCGAACGUAUCAACAACAUCAAGAAGGAAGACGAAGACGGCAAGAAAUCCGCCAUUCCGUCGCCUGGGGGCGGUACACCAUCCGGGCGUAAAGAGAAGAAGGGAACAGGCAGCGAUCGCGAGCGGGCCAGGGGUCUCAAGCGUCCCGGGUCGCCGAAUUUGUCCGACGCGUCCGGAACAGAUGCCUCGACGCGGAAGAAGAAACAUAAAUCGAACCACUUGUCGUCGACUCAGCCUACGCCCAGCGUCUCGCGACCUAUGUCGCCCGCAAACGUUCCCUCGUCCGCGCCCACCCAGAUCCGCAAGCGUGUUGCCGGCGCUGGAUCCGAUACCGAUGCAGGCAUGAGCGAUCGCGACGGCGGAGUCAUGUCGGACGGCAGCCGUGCUAGGAAGAUCAAGUUGAAGAUGAGCGUGUCACCACCGGGGACGGGUCCGCCUAGUCGGACGGCGUCGCCCGCUCCAGGAGCACGGAGUCCGCUGGCCGCUGCUUCUCCGCCGCCAACCGCGUUCCCCAGCGUGCAGGAUAUCAAGAGCGCGAUCCCCGAGUCGGGCAUUGCGAUCAAGGACCUCAUGAAGAUCGUGGCGCAUCCCAAGGAGAGAAGGGCCGAGUUUGUCAAUCUCGUCAAGGAAGUUGCCCGGAUCGACAAGGAGAGGAAUGUUCUUGUGCUGAAAUAGACAUGCCCGGCGAGCACUUUCUUUUGCUGCCGGGAGUGAGUGCGAACGGGGUAAUGUAUGAUUGGCGCCCCCAACGGCUGCAGAUUUCGAGCAACUUAACUAGAAGGCCGAGAAGGAUGGGGUUGAAAAGCUUGAAGAAAUCCAACUGGUUUGAGUUAGAAUCUCUAUCUCGCGGCGCAGAUACACAUAGCAACAGCGCUACGCUACCUUACCGUUCACCCACAAAGAGGACUACGAUUAUGCUCACAUGAAAAUGUUCAUUAGCUUUUGAACGA